AUGGUUUAUGUUGGAUGUGUUGGCUCCAUGGCACCUCCAUUUCUCCCUUCGUUUAUUGGGUCCCUCACUCGGCAGCUGUCUCGGGCUGUGCAGCAUGUAUCUGUCACCUGUCUUCCUGCUGCUGGAGCACACCGCUGCAUUUCCUCCAUCACUGCUGCUGUGGUUCAGGCCAGAGGAAGCUUUGAGGCCCAGCUCAAUCCGUUUCGAGCACCGUUACUCGGACAAACCCAGCACUUUGUUGCCCUGCAGCCUUCGAUGGGCAUGAAAACCAAAACAGCUCUGAAGAGACGUUGUAAAGACUGCUUUUUUGUGCGUCGUCGUGGGCGACUGUAUGUCUUUUGCAAGAGUCACCCAAGGCACAAACAGCGGCAAGGGUGA